AUGCCAACGACGCCGCUGCAGCACCUCGACCCCGAGAUCAACCAGCUGCUCCAGCAAGCAGCCCGUGCCAAGGCAAAGGCCAAAGCAAAGCCGAUUAUGAACCUCAGCAGAGUUCAGAAGAUGGACCCGAGGGACCCUCGAGCAUCUCCCAACCAGUGGCCAUGCAUGGGGAAGCACACAGCUUCACCGACGAAGGGCAACCAACAUGGGCAGUGGAUCAACUGCGUGGUUUGCGGUCUACGUCUACUCUACACUCCGAGAAUGGGCUCAACGGGACAACACACUCAGUGCCGCAACCCGGAGCUGGUGGCCCGAUGUCUUCGGGAGCUCCGGAAGUUGAUGCACAGCCGGAUGCCAACGAAGACCAUCGUGGAUGCCAUGCAAGCCGAGAUCGAUGCCGAAGAGACCCUGAGCAUUCUAAUCUCCGAACACGUGGGGACGGGACAAGCGUGUGGAGACGAGUUUGGCCAGCAGAACAACAUCGUGGACCACGUGGAGGCUUUAGGAAAACUGGUCGACCUCACUGGAUGGGUCCUGGACGUGUUGUCUUUUCAGAAGUUCUCCCUCAUCAGAAAGACCUGGAAGACGACAGAAGGCACAUCGUCUGGGUCCUCAGGAACCCAGCUACUCCGAUGCUCGGUGCACUCUGUCAGACAAGUGACUGUGGAUGAGCGCUUUGUCUACGAGACGACUGGGCAGGAGCAACCCUCUAAAUGGAAGUCCUUGGCUGAUGUGUUGCCAAAGAAAGAGUUUGUGGACAUCACGGACCAAGUGCCCGAGGAUACCGAGGUCCAACUUCCUUCACUACCACCACAACCUGAUGAGAGCACCGUCGUCGCUCCUACCCGGCGACUUCGACACAAGGUCACCUUCAGACCUGGCGACUAUGUGGACAGUCCUGUUGGUGAUCGCCUACACAAGAGGAAACGAACGACUACGGCCAAGGUGCAGUAUGACCUCAAAUGGAUUGAGGAACUUGAGGCAGGUGCUGCCGAAGAGGCUCAAGAAGCAGAAUUGUUCACGGUUAUGGAGGAUGUGAAUGAAUUCCUCAAGGUGGAGUUCGAACUACCAGCGCCCCAGUCCAACCGACAGCGCAAGUUCCUGGUGAGCCUCAGCCGACUUUCACCACAAGAGCAAGCUUUGUUCGACAGGGCGAAGUCCAAAGAAGUCAACAAGUCCUACGCUUCAGGGAGGAUUGUGAGAGCACGAUGGGUGCUCACGUGGAGGUUAACCCCUCCUGCGGACUUGCAGGAGGCUGUCAACGAUGCCAUGACCAAUGCCGACAAGACCCUCCGCACCAAGGACGGCAAGCGCAAAGCAAAGGCACGGGUGGUUCCUCUUGGCUUCGAGCAUCCAUCCCUUCUGGCUCUGGACUUGGAGACGGCAUUUCUUCAAACAGUGCCUACGGAAGCUGACCGUGAGCUUUGGACAUAUGGAGUUCAAGAACUACGGGAUGCCUUGGACGUGGGUGUCUCGCAGGCAAUGGAGCGCGUCUACUCGCGCGUCAACCUGGUCGAGAAGGAACAAGCCGACGCUGCCGACAGAAAGCUGGACCAUGCGGAGCCAGCAAUGGAGGGCGUGCUCGCAUGGUUCUCGGCCGAGACCGCAACCGGCCAAGCUCUGGGAUUGCGUGACAUGGGACAGCGCUUGACGGUCGCCUUCGUUCCUCCGACCUGGCUCACUUGGGCGCUCGUCCGUGAUGCCUGCAUGAAGCUCCCCAUGUCGCAAGUCUUGAAUCACUUGAAGGCAGCUCAAGGCUUCCUACGGCAGACGAUGGCACUGCCGAAUUUUGCACUUCUGCAGGGACAGCAGGGUCGUGUGCUUGAAACCAUGCUCGGCAAGAGCUCGUCGAUGUCGACAGAGGUCGCGAGCCAGAUUCUAGCAGAGCUGGACGAUGCGUGCUGGGGUAUGGAGACCGCGGGGAGGAUGAAGGAGAUGGUUUCAAAUAUGGUCCAGGUAGAGACCGUUCCGGCCGCGACUGCUGCACGGAAGACUUUGCAAGACUUUACGAACUUCCCGCUGUACAUGACGGAAGAUCAGUGGCAAGCCUUGCAGAGGCAGCCUUCGGCGGCCGAAGUCCUAGGCCUUCUAGCCCCGAUGCUUGCAGAGUUAGGCCUUCGGAGUCCUACCGAGGGCACCUGUGCAAUGUUCGGUUACAUGGUACGGCAGGAGGCAGUGCCUGAUCAAACGAAGUUCACGAAGGACUUUCCUGAGUUCAAGGCUCGCUUCAGAAAAGGCCUGCAGGUCAAAGGCGACCCGGUGGAUUGGCUGCCGAGCCUUCCGGCGGAGAUGCAAGAUCUCCCGGCAGCACUCAGUGCUCGGAUCUUCAGCAACAAGCCGGCGGCGAAGCCCAAAGUAGAUCUGGAGAAGCUGAAUGCCCUCACGUCGCAGUACAAGAAGCGGCGAUACCCAUCGAACAGCGAGAUAGUGGUGGAGCAGCCAGAGCAGAGCUUGCAUCGCUUCGCCUCUUCGGCUAGUGCCGUUAUGGAUGCUGUGGCUGGGAAGCUGGACGAUAUCAAGCCGGCGGAGGCAAGUGGAGGUGCAAAGGCAAGUGGAGAUGCCAAGGCAAGUGGAGAUGCUAUGCCCAGCUGUCUCCCGCUGGAAGAUCAGCCGCCAGCCCAGCUUCUUGCGUUGGAGGACGUGAAGAUAGAACAGAAGUCUGAGUGCAGCGAAGGCCCGAGUGUCGCUGCAGAACUCAGGGCACUAGCAGGCAAACGGAAGCAGGAGCCGCCAGCCAGUGCGGAGAGUACCGUGAAACGGAAGCCUGCGGCAGCAGUAAGGCAGAGACCGGCAGCAGCACAGUUAAUGCUAGUGCCGGCUCCACUGUCAGAGCCAGAAGCAAAGGCAGUGCCGCGUCCAUCCGCGUCCUAA